GGAAAUUGUGAUCAGCUACAAUCAGUCUUAGGUGAACAAAGAGUAUGUGGGGACUGUUGCACUGGAAAAAGACUGAAUUAUUUACAUCUGAAAGAACAAUUGUACUGGUUACUGUUUGGUGGCUCAUAACUAAGGAAAGACUGCGUAAUUAAUUUGGAAGCGCUUCCAGGAGGAAACGUGGCUUCCAAAGCAGCUGAGUCCAGCACCUUAAGGAAUGUCACGCAAUAGUUGCUGAACUAACUGGCACUGAAAGGGACAGAAAAAGAUGGCAGUCCAUAUUUGAAAUAAACACGUGGACUCUCGCUGAUAAGAAACCAUGUCAAAAAAAGGACGGAGCAAGGGCGAAAAGCCUGAGGCACUGAUUGUUGCCCUACAGGCUGCCAAUGAGGAGCUCAGGACUAAGCUAACAGACAUUCAAAUUGAGCUGCAUCAGGAGAAAUCUAAGGUUGCUAAACUGGAAAGAGAGAAGACUCAAGAAACGAAGCGUAUUCGUGAGGUGGAGCAACGCAAGCAGACGGUGCAGAUCACAGAGCUGAAAGCCAAACUCCAUGAGGAGAAAAUGAAGGAGCUGCAGGCUGUGAGGGAGAACCUCAUCAAGCAGCACGAGCAGGAGAUGACGAGGAUGGUGAAAGUCCGCGAUAGUGAAAUCCAGCGGCUGAAGUCGGCGCUGUGCGCGCUGCGCGAUGGCAGCAGUGACAAAGUGCGCACAGCGCUGACCAUCGAGGCUCGCGAGGAGGCCAGGAAACAGUUCGACUCGGAGCGCCUCAAGCUGCUGCAGGAGAUCACUGAGCUCAAGUCUGCCAAGAAGCAGGUGGAUGAGGCCCUUAACAAUAUGAUCCAGGCCGAUAAGAUCAAGGCAGGCGAUCUCCGGAGUGAGCACCAGUCCCACCAGGAAGCCAUUUCCAAGAUCAAGUGGGAGAGCGAGAGGGAUAUUCGACGCCUGAUGGACGAGAUCAAGGCUAAAGACAGGAUCAUAUUUUCUUUGGAGAAAGAACUGGAGACACAGACAGGCUAUGUGCAGAAGCUGCAGCUGCAAAAGGAAGCUCUGGAUGAACAGCUCUUUUUGGUGAAGGAGGCAGAAUGUAACAUGAGCAGUCCCAAGAGAGAGAUCCCAGGAAGGGCUGGAGAUGGUUCAGAGCACUGCAGCAGCCCUGACUUGCGCCGGAGCCAGAAGAGGAUGGCGGAGCUGAACGCCACCAUUCGGAAGCUGGAGGACCGGAACACGCUGCUUGUGGACGAGCGGAACGAGCUGUUGAAGCGUGUCCGAGAAGCUGAGAAACAAUGUAAACCUCUUCUGGAAAAGAACAAGUGCCUCACGAAGAGAAAUGAUGAACUUAUGCAAUCUUUGCAGCGCAUGGAAGAUAAACUCAAAGCAGUCACUAAAGAAAAUAUAGAAAUGAGAGAAAAAAUAACAUCACAUCCUCCUCUAAAGAAAUUAAGAUCUCUCAAUGACCUGGAUCAGGCUAAUGAGGAACAAGAAACGGAAUUUUUGAAGCUUCAGGUCAUAGAACAGCAGAACAUAAUUGAUGAGUUAACAAGGGACAGGGAGAAACUCAUUCGUCGGAGAAAGCAUAAAAGGAGCUCAAAACCAAUCAAGAGACAUGUGGUGGAUACAGUUUUUGGGUAUGAUGAUGAUUCUAUGGACUCUGAGACAUCCUCUGUGGCCUCAUAUAGAACAGACAGGACACCAGCAACCCCAGAUGAUGAUCUAGAUGAGGGUUUAGCAGCAGAAGAGUCAGAGCUGCGGUUUCGACAGCUGACAAAGGAGUACCAGGCCCUGCAGAGAGCAUAUGCACUGCUGCAGGAGCAGACAGGAGGGGUCAUAGAUGCUGAAAGAGAAGCCAGGGCUCAGGAGCAACUUCAAGCUGAAGUCCAGAGGUAUAAAGCCAAAAUAGAAGAUCUGGAGAAAACUUUGGCUCAGAAAGGGCAGGACUCACACUGGGUGGAGGACAAGCAGCUUUUCAUUAAGAGGAACCAAGAGCUUUUAGACAAGAUAGAGAAAACGGAAGCAGAAAACAACCGGCUGCAGCAGGAGCUGCAGGACGCGCGCGACCAGAACGAGCUGCUGGAGUUCCGCAACCUCGAGCUGGAGGAAAGAGAGAGACGGUCCCCACCGUUUAAUCUCCAGAUUCACCCAUUCUCAGAUGGUGUGAGUGCUCUGCAGAUCUACUGCAUGAAGGAAGGGGUUAAGGAUGUCAGCAUCCCAGACCUUAUCAAGCAGUUAGACAUCCUAGGUGAUAAUGGGAAUUUAAGGAAUGAAGAACAAGUGGCCAUAAUUCAGGCUUCCACGGUAUUGUCCUUGGCAGAAAAGUGGAUCCAGCAGAUUGAGGGAGCUGAAGCUGCUCUGCAUCAGAAGAUGAUGGAACUGGAAAGUGAUAUGGAACAGUUUUGCAAAAUAAAAGGCUAUUUGGAGGAAGAAUUAGACUACAGGAAGCAAGCUCUUGACCAAGCAUACAUGAGGAUCCAGGAGCUUGAAGCCACCUUGUACAAUGCUUUGCAGCAAGAAACAGUGAUAAAGUUUGGGGAACUACUCACAGAAAAACAGCAGGAAGAGCUGAGGACAGCAGUAGAAAAGCUAAGACGUCAGAUGCUGAGGAAAAGCAGAGAAUACGAUUGCCAGAUUCUUCAGGAGAGGAUGGAGCUGCUCCAGCAGGCUCAUCAGAGGAUCCGAGAUUUAGAAGAUAAAACUGACAUCCAGAAGAGACAAAUUAAGGAUCUGGAGGAAAAGUUUCUAUUUCUAUUCUUGUUCUUCUCUCUUGCCUUUAUUCUUUGGCCUUGAUGUCAAUGUGCCUCUUGGAAAGAGUGCCCGACCACACAGAUAAGUCGUUAUAAAGGCAAAUGCUUCCACCCCUCAAUGAAGAGAAUAUUGUUUACACCUAUUUUCAAAAGUAUAAAAAUUAACAACCUGUAGCCAAGACUGCAAUCACCUUGUAUUUUAAAGCCAUCACUCAAAAUUUGUUACUGGACAGUUCCUGUCUAAAGCUAUGAUAUAUGCUGCAUCUAAUGAAAUCCUGUAUGUUGAAAUUGCAAAAGGGGAAGAAAAAUAAACUGACAACCUACAUCAUUUAGGAAGAACUUAAAGGGAAGGAACCACUUUCAGCUGAUCAAGUCAGUGUGUCUUGGGCAUGGAACCAAAGUUACAAUAGAAAGAUCUAUUCCUGCUGUGCAGGGAAAUCAUUUAAAUGUCACCCUGUCAUCUGACAAAUGGAUCAAAAAUGAACAGCUCAGAGUACGAGAAACUCAAGAGAUGCUGACAACAAAGUGUUCACUUUGAAGUGUGUGGCUUUCUCACUGCAGAGACUCCUGCUCUCCUUCUUUGGUUUUAACCUCAGGAACAAAUGACAGCUGCAAAGUGGAAGGAAGAAAGGAAGAAAAAAUCCAGUCUGGAUUAUUGCAGGAUGGGCAGGACAGGUCACCAUGUUUUGUGCUUGAGAUCGUAACACAGCACCACCUGCCUUGGCCAAGGCAUGGAAGAAGAGGGUGUCUGGCAUAAGGAGGGUUUCCAGUGGAGUUGAAGCCUUACCUCUCUUCACCAUCCCUCCAUGAAGAACAGCCUGUCUAUUACCAGAUACUUUUCAUACUCUUUAAAGACUGCCAUUGUGAUAAUAAUGACUAUGCUUGGUUUCACUGUAGAAUAACCACUGAGGAUCACUGAAUUGGACCUACAGAGUAGCUUCUGUGAAAGAAAAUGUUGAGGACAGGGCAGGGAGGAAGGCUAAUCCCCUUAUCCAUGUGACAUGAUUCACAAAGCAUCAGCUUCCAACUGUUUUGUCCCACCUUGGAAAAAAUGUUUUGGUUCAGCUUGUUGAUGGACUUCGUUAGUUGGCUUCCUGAUCAAUGAUACAUAGACCAAAAAUGGGGAAAAACUUUGUGAACACAACCUUAUUACAAAUAAGAAAUAUUGCUAAUCUGUUUAGAUUUUUCCACAGUUAAGAGUAACUAAAAGUAGUUUCAUCUCAAAGCAUUACUUACCUGUGUAAUCACAAAGCCUGGAACCCAGCUGUGGUGCCUCCUUGAGGUCAUAGGUCCGUGCAGCCCAGUACUCUUCCAGAGAUGUCCCUGAGGAGCAUAAUGCCUGCAGCAAUCACUGUGAGGGUCCUGUGCUGAAGGGAAGCAGUGCAGCAGCUGCACCUACCCUCCCUUUCUCACUGGUGGGCUGACAGUGCACUUCUCAGUGCCUCUGCUUUCGUUUCCCAGGGAAUGGAGUCCUGCCUGUUCAGACUUGGGGUUCCUGUGGCAAGGCUCUCUCUUCUGCAAUGGAGCCUUAAUUUUAACUGGAAGAAAUGGAUUUCUGUACUACAAACUAGAAAAUGAAGGGCCAGAAUACAGCUUGUGCAUUACUUACACCUUCAAAGCAGGGAUCACGUGUACCAACACCUUACGCACAUCAGAAGCUUUUUAAAGUGUUUUUCAAAGACCUUCUCCUUUGGUUGCCUGUUUACUCCUGUUUACUUUUACAGACGAAGCAGCUGAGCCACAAAGCAGUGAGGUCACUUGGCCAGAGCAACUCAGCACAGCAAAAGCAGUUUCUUAGCUGUAGGAGGGAGGAAGUUCCUCCAGUAUCAAGGAUGCCUGCCCCUCACAGAUAACUUUUUUUUUUUUUUUUUUUUUUUUUCCCCAGAAUAACUUUUAAUCAGUAAUAUUCAUUUUCUGAGCUGCAUUGAAAUUCUGGGCUCAGUUUCUCCACAAAGACUGCUAACAUCCUUAUUGCUUGAGUGCCAGGACAUAGUGUUAAGCCUUCCAUUGAAGAUUAGAGGUUAUUAGCCAGUGAUUUUUUUAUCCUGGUCCUUAAAAUUAAUUAAAAUUAUAGAAUAACCAGAUCUUCUUCAAACACUCUGGUUCAGUCAAGCGAUUUACUGAGUUCUGGCACCAAGCUGUAUGUUUGCUGGUUCAUUUUUUAAAGAAAUAGGCCUGUAGGUAGAUAUGUGCAGGCACAUUGCAUGCUUCUUGUUCAAGUUCCUUUUCCCUAGCAGAAGACUCUGUGCAUAAGGUGGACCCAAAUGUACAUGUUCUUUCCACAAGCUAGCAGUUCAGUCCUAAAGCUCUGGAGUCGGGCCCACUCCUGUGACAGCUGGAAAUCACUGAGAAGCGUAACUACAGCUUGUUAGCUACAAACAGGGGGCUUUUUCUAUGGUUAUUCCUCCUUCUCACCUCUGUUGCAGCAUCAGGUAAUUUCACACCUUCAGGCUGCUUUCCUCAGUGUUAGAGCUGGCAGUUAAAGCAGAGUUCUUGCAGAAGAAUGAGCAGCAUUUGAUUUCAGUGAUGGUGCAGUAACUUCCACCGCUGGUUUGGUUUAAAAAAAAAACAA